GGGGCCCCGCGCCCGCCGCGCCCCCGGGAUGGGGGUGAACGCCGUGCACUGGUUCCGAAAGGGGCUCCGGCUCCACGACAACCCCGCCCUGAAGGAGUGCAUUCAGGGCGCCGACACCAUCCGCUGCGUCUACAUCCUCGACCCCUGGUUCGCGGGCUCCUCCAACGUGGGCAUCAACAGGUGGCGAUUUUUGCUUCAAUGUCUCGAAGACCUUGAUGCCAAUCUGCGAAAAUUAAACUCUCGUCUGUUUGUGAUUCGUGGACAGCCAGCAGAUGUGUUUCCCAGGCUUUUCAAGGAAUGGAACAUUACUAAACUUUCAAUUGAGUAUGAUUCUGAGCCCUUUGGAAAGGAACGAGAUGCGGCUAUUAAGAAACUGGCUACUGAAGCUGGAGUAGAAGUCAUUGUACGAAUUUCACAUACAUUAUAUGACCUAGACAAGAUCAUAGAACUCAAUGGUGGACAGCCACCUCUUACUUAUAAAAGAUUCCAGACUCUCAUCAGCAAAAUGGAACCACUGGAGAUACCAGUAGAGACAAUUACGUCUGAAGUGAUAGAGAAGUGUACAACUCCUCUGUCUGAUGACCAUGAUGAGAAAUAUGGAGUCCCUUCACUGGAAGAACUAGGUUUUGAUACAGAUGGCUUACCCUCUGCAGUGUGGCCGGGUGGAGAGACUGAAGCACUUACACGUUUGGAAAGGCAUUUGGAAAGAAAAGCUUGGGUGGCAAACUUCGAAAGGCCUCGCAUGAAUGCGAAUUCCCUGCUUGCCAGCCCUGCCGGACUCAGUCCUUAUCUCCGGUUUGGGUGUCUGUCGUGUCGACUCUUCUACUUCAGACUGACAGACCUGUACAGAAAGGUAAAGAAGAACAGUUCCCCUCCCCUUUCCCUUUAUGGGCAACUGUUAUGGCGUGAAUUUUUCUACACGGCAGCAACAAACAAUCCACGCUUUGAUAAAAUGGAAGGAAACCCCAUCUGCGUUCAGAUUCCUUGGGAUAAGAAUCCUGAGGCAUUAGCGAAAUGGGCGGAAGGCCGGACAGGCUUUCCGUGGAUUGACGCCAUCAUGACACAGCUUCGGCAGGAGGGCUGGAUUCACCAUCUAGCCAGACAUGCAGUUGCUUGCUUCCUGACACGGGGUGACCUGUGGAUUAGUUGGGAGGAAGGAAUGAAGGUAUUUGAAGAAUUAUUGCUUGAUGCAGAUUGGAGCAUAAAUGCUGGAAGUUGGAUGUGGCUGUCUUGUAGUUCCUUUUUCCAACAGUUUUUUCACUGCUAUUGCCCUGUUGGUUUUGGUAGGAGAACAGAUCCCAAUGGAGACUAUAUCAGGCGUUAUUUGCCUGUCCUAAGAGGCUUUCCUGCAAAAUAUAUCUAUGAUCCCUGGAAUGCACCAGAAGGUAUCCAAAAGGUAGCCAAAUGUUUGAUAGGAGUUAACUAUCCUAAACCAAUGGUGAACCAUGCUGAGGCAAGCCGUUUGAAUAUCGAGAGGAUGAAACAGAUCUACCAGCAGCUUUCACGAUAUAGAGGAUUAGGUCUUCUUGCAUCAGUGCCUUCUAAUCCUAACGGGAAUGGAGGCCUCAUGGGGUAUUCUCCUGGAGAAAAUAUCCCAGGUUGUAGCAGCAGUGGAAGUUGCUCUCAAGGGAGUGGGAUUUUACAUUAUGCUCAUGGGGACAGUCAGCAAACUCACCUGUUAAAGCAAGGAAGAAGCUCCCUGGGCCCUGGUCUCAGCAGUGGGAAACGCCCCGGUCCAGAAGAGGACACGCAGGGUAUCGGUCCUAAAGUCCAGCGACAGAGCACUACUUAGAAAACAUUCAGGAGGAAUACUGUUGCCGCUGAAAUUGGGGGAAUUCAAUACUUUUUCAGUUAAAUUAUUUUAAAAUAUUCUUCAUUGAUGGAAAGCAGUUACAUUUUGAAAUGCAUUGUUUCUAUUGACAUUUCUGUAGUUUUUAACUUUUUAAUGAAUUUCACGUAGGACAGAUGGUAAUUUGUAUAUAAAGAACUUGGUAACCAAGAAUUUGCUUAAUGUAAAUAUAGGCAAUCACAAUUAGUAUAGAUCCAUCAAUAUAUUUUUGAUAAUUUUUCAUGUAUGGUAAAAGUUAAAGUGGCAAGCUGAUAUUCUAAUAUAAAAAUCAAAGUUUUGAGAGUCAGUGUGGGAAAAUAGGAGGUUUUUAGACUUUCUUAAAAGACUUUGUUAAAAUUUUAGGACAGAAUUUCUUGACAUCAUUGUUGUAUUUCACUUUUCACUCUUUGAUAAUAAUGUUUUAGAAAAUAUGCGUAAUCAAAAUUGGUAGUUAUAGCCUCUGUUAACACAGAAAAUAUAUGUUAUUAAAGCUUCAUGUAUGCCUGUUUUUGACCCAAACUUGUGGAAGUAUCGUGUGUAAAGUUCUCUGUCUCCUUUUCCUUGUUCAUUUCCAGCUACAGUGACCUUGUUAUUAAAGUAUACGCAUAUAUGGAA